AUGAGUGUCCACAGGCCGCCCAAGGCCGACAAGGCUGCCAGAUACUUGAGCCUGCUGGAUCACGCGCUUUGCAAUGCCCAGUGGGACCAUGUGCCCGAGCUGGCACGAAAGGUCGAGAAACAUGCGCCCCAAAGAAAAUGUCUGACCCUUGCCGCGCGCGCAGAAUCGCACGUCGCCAGCGCUUCCCAUCGUCCCUCGUCUGAAGCCUCAACGAGCAUCCACGGCCUCGCCGAGCUCCUGCCUCGUCUUGCCGAAGCUGUAUCGACAGCGCAGCAGACCUACCCAGACGACUCAUUCAUAGCAGGCACGUGUCUCGCACAAAUAUACUGCUUACAGGACACGCCGCAAGACGCUCUACAAGUCCUCGACGCCUCACCACCCAGAGCUCCCGCAACGAAGGCUACUACAGCGACAUUGGGAUGGCUCGAAGUAUGCGAGGUGAAGUGCUCUUUCAUUCGAGCCUCAUGCCUAGACGCGCUCGAGCGCAAGAAUGAGGCGAGGGAGCUAUACCAGCAUGCAGUCUCCCACACGCCUGGAUAUAGGAGUCUCGAAUUGCGACGAUGGACCGAGAGAUUACUUGCGAGGGCAUGCAUGUACAGUGUGAAAAAGAUGCCAUCACCUUCCGCCAGCGAUUUCGCAGAAGCGCACCGUCCUUUUCGAGCGUGGGGUGAAUUUUGGCACAGAGCGCCGACCCACCAAGGCGCCACCACUCCAUCCGGGCUCGAGAUUCCCCGAAGGCAGGUCUGGAAAGCCUACUAUGACCUUUUGUCGAGUGUCCUCCAGCACGCAUUGAUCUAUGGCCCAGAGCAGAAAGGCUCUGCUAUCGAAUUCCUGCCAUUGACUUCAUCCCUCCUUCGCGUUGAGUCAGCGUAUGAAUCUCUUCUGCUAGAGGAGACCAAGUUUCCCAAAGCUAGUCAGGCUAACACCGAGCUUGAAGAAUGGGCAGAUCAAGUUGUUGCCAAUUGGAGAUUCUUCACAGGUUCGGACUGGAGCGAUGCAGAUCUGGGCAAAGGAGGAAAGCAAUCCGUCUCGCGAGCUGUUCUGGACAUACUUUAUCGAGCGGCAACCAAGACCUUUCACUCGACCCCGAUACUUCGACAUCUAUUCACCCUGCACGCGGCACUGGGCGAGUUCGACCUAGCAAUGCAUGCUUUUGACAGCUAUACGGAAAUCGUGGACAAGGGCAAGGCUCGAGCCGAGAAGACUGGCAAGCAUGAAAUUGGGGUUGAUGGCGAUGACACUGCAAUCCUCGCAGCGACAGAAGCUAUCAAGCUGUUAUGCCAAUAUGGUGAUCGAGAACAGGCAGAAAGGGCGAACGAAAUUAGUGCCAUUGUCCAAAAGUGGCUUUCACAAAAGCGUCCUUCAACUAGCACUUCGACCCUCACGAACGGCGACGUGACCGAGAAGUCGAUGGAAUCGACCGAAUCGGCACUCCAGCCAACAACACUGGCGGCGGCUUAUCGAGCGCUUGGUGUUACUCAAGCACGAUGGGCACAUCUGACUUAUGAGUCCAGCACUAGGUCAUCUUUGCUCGCGGAAGCGAAUAAUAAUCUGCGCCGAGCACAAAAGUUUGAGCCAAACAACAGGGAAACAGCUUAUGCCCUCGCCGCUGUGCUCGGGGAGAUGCGAGACAUUAAUGCAGCACUGCAGGUCAUCCGGAUUGCACUUGACGACUCUGUAAUGCUUAACGGCGAUGCCGCAACGGACGAGCACCAUGAGCGUGAACGACCUCUUCUUGCGCUUUGGCACAUGCUUGCUCUCUGUCUGACUGCGCAAGAUCAAUUCGAGACUGCAUCGCAAAUUUGUGACGCUGCGUACAGCCAAUUCGGCAACUCAGAGGUCCUCUUUGGGAGCACGCCGCAAGGUCUCACGGUCGACGCUGAGAAAGAACCACUUGGUCCAAAUACACGCGGGAUUGUGGAUCAAAUGGAAGGCUUCGAGAAAGAGAGCAUCAUUCAAAUUAGAAUGACACAGAUCAUCUUACUUGAGCUCAUGGAAGGGCCAGAUGCUGCAUUUGAUCUUACUGACAGCUUGCUUGGUUUGUACUCAAAACUAUACGGGAAUCCCGAACAUGUCGCAACGCAAGCAGCAAGGCCACCUGCAACAUCGGCUUCCGCCACCACUCCCUCGCGGCUUGGCGGCACUCUCAGGAGCAUUACGGGCAGCAUUCGCCCGCGCUCUUUGCGAUCCAGACGCAGUAGCAUUGAUUUAGCAACGUCGAGGCAAAGAUCUAUUGCUUCUCAGGACGAUAAUGCACCGUCGUCUCCUCCACAACGCCUGCAACCCUCAACUAACGGUCAAACACUGGGCCCUCCGAUCUCGAUCACGGUGACGAAUGAGGAGGGAGGCCCAGCUGGCAAAUCACAUCAUCGUCAUCAUCUGCAUCUUCCUUUCCAUGGUCGACAUAAGGGCGUUGCUAGUACAAGGUCCACAACGAGCAUUGCAGAGCAAGAUGAGAAUCAGUCUCCUAUGGAGAAGUCAUCGCCUCUACCUGCCACAGCAAAAGCAGGCGCCGACGGAAGUCCUGAGCAGCCUUUGGAAGGUAUCGCUCAUCAAAGGCCCCCUGAUCAGUGGCCGCUCCCAAUAGGACAUCAUGAUCAACCGCCUGUGCAGGACCUUCGGCUACCAGCACCACAUCCGGCAUCUGCAUCAGCUGUCUCCGAACCACGGCUACUGCCAUUGCAUGAAAGACGGCAUCAGGUCGGCGUCUUGAUAAAGAUAUGGCUAUUCGUAGGAGCCCUAUACAUCCGAGCAGACUCAUUCGAUGAUGCCGAGAAUGCUGUAGAGCAUGCUUUCAAGCUCGUCGAGGGUCUUGAGAAGGAGCUGGCUGCCUCGGAAGAUGGCAUCAACGCUCGAAGAUUGUUCGAAAAGGGAUGGGGAGGUGGCAAGAGUAUUGAUGAUUUGUGGGCUGACGUGUGGUCAACGAAAGCUUUCCUUUCAUUAACGCGCGAACGACCGUUUGAAGCAAUCCCAGACUAUGAACAAGCCCUCUCCUACAGCCCCGAUCAUGCAUCUGGCAUCAUCGGACUCGCUAAUCUACUUUUGGAUCAGUACGAGGAGAAGUUGCCUUUGGAAGAGCCUCUACACCCAGUCAAUCCUCAAGCCUCGACCUCCGGCUCCCUCAUUGGCGAAGCCAAGCCAUCACUUACCCGACCUAACACUGCAACAAGCACGAUUCCAUCUCGGCGCGCCUCUUACAUUAGUGAUUCUCGCCCCAUCGAACCAGAAGUGGAGGAUGGCCACAAAAAGCGCAGACCAGAGCCCACCCCGGCAGAAUUAAAUCGCCUUGCCGCCCGCGACAGAGCAUACAUGCUUCUCUCCAAUUUGACGAAAUUGGGAAGCGGAUGGGAUAACUCUGAGGCUUGGCUCGCACUUGCUAGGGCUCAUGAGUUGAGUAAGGAGAUCGGAAAAGCUAAGGAGGCACUGUGGUGGGUUGUUGAAUUGGAGGAUCGUAAGCCACUUAGAUCUUGGAGGGAAGUUCUACCCGGCGGAUACAUACUGUAA